GCGACGACGACGGCCGACGAAACGGUUCGUUCGCACUCGUUCGUCUCUUUUGUUCUAUUCCGUUUUUGGUUUGAUGUGCAAGUUGUACAAUAAUUGUAAAUUAGCUAAAUAAUUUUGCUUUUGUUCCCUUGCCCGCUGUUUCGUUAUCCAUCGAUGCUUUACUCUUUACUCGCUCGCUUUUCUAUCGUUUCGCGUUCCGUCGCCGCUACUAUUGUUCAUCUGAAACGCUCUACCGUCCGACCUGGACCAUUUGACGCGGACCUCGUGUCCAUCGUCUGAGCGGUUAUUAGUUAUUACUACUAUUACGUUUAACGAUAUAACUUCCUGUAUUGUUAAUAUAAUCGUUCUAAAUUCGCGUUUCGUCGACGGUUUGUACGUGAUUUGUGAUGGAAAACACCGGGGCCACAAAACGCACGUUGGACGAUGACGUCGAGGUCAAUUCGAAACGGUUGAAGUUUGACGACCUGCAGAUGCUUCCCUCGACGGAAAGCAUACGAAAUGUAAGAGACCCCAGAAAGUGGAGUCAGUUGCCGUCCAUUGUCUACGAAUUGCUCACGUUGUUCAAAAAAUCGGAAAAAUUUGAUGCUGGGGAAGACGAAAAACUGAAAAAUGUUAUAGAUAAUGAAAAAGAAGAGUUACAAGUUUUACCAAAUGAUAAUCCAAAAGAAAAUAUUGGAUUUCUUCAAAAUAGUGAUGAAAAAAAUAAUAGUGAAUUUAUUUGUACUGUUGAAUCAAAUAAAUUAAGUACAUUUAAAUCUUCUAUAGAAAAUUCUUUACAGAGUAUAAAAUUUGAUUUUUUUAAAAAUGAAGCAGAAAAUUUUGAAGUUCAAAAUAAUAUAUCUUCAAACGCUAAAAAAGCACCUGUUCAAAUUAUUGAAGAUAAUUGUUUCCAGAAGGUUGAACAAAAAGAAGAUGAAGAUUAUGAGAAAACAAGUGGUUUUAAGAAGUGUACACUUACAAAAACGGAUUCUACUCAGCCUACAUCUACACCAAUGUACACAAAUGAAAAUUAUAAUACAAUAAUGUCUAUGCCAGAAAAUAUUAAAAGUCGAACUUUUACAUGUACAUUUACAAAAAAUGUAUCUGUAACUAUUUCGAAUAGGCCUACAUCCACACUAAAAAGUGUUUCAUCUAUACCCAUAACUACAUCAAUUGAUUCUGCUACGCCAGUUACUAUAUCCGACAGUGUAUUCAAUAAAAAUCCUCAAAAAGAUAUGUUUAAAUCACCUAUAAGAGAGCAAAUAUUUAACUUAUUAAAGGUACAGUGUUUAAAGGGUAUUUCUGAAAUUCCUACUGUUAAACCAACACCAUGUAUUUGUCAAUAUUGUAAACAUGUGGAUAAUUUGACAUUAGAAAAAUCAGCUUUGUAUAAUAAAUCCAUGAAAUUCAUGAACAAUAUAAAUCUAAAUACUGACAUGUAUUCUUCAGAUGUUGCAGCUGAUAGUUCAGAAACUUCUAAAGAUGUUUGGAUUAAUGAUUUAUGUUCUCUCAUUAGGAAAAAUGAUGAAUUACAUAACGUUUCUGUACCUGGUACUAAUAUUUCUAGUACUUUGACAUCCAUCAAAGAUAUUUUUAACAAAGUGGCUGAAAAAAUUAAACCCCAUCUUCCAUUCUGUAAAAAAUGUAAAAAAUCUAAGCAUAUUAACUCAUCCAUUUGUAAUAAUUGUAAGCCACAGCUUAAAAAUAAAUUUGAAUGUUAUGAUCCACGAAAUGAUUACAGAAAUUACAACCAUAAACAUGGAAAUAAUAAAUUUAGAAAUUACUAAUAUAAUACUUAAUUGAUAGUUAUUUGUGAAACAUUUGUUUCGUUUGAAGCUUAAUUAUUUUGUUAGAAAUAUUGUUAUAUUUUUAAAUUUUCCUAUAAUUUUAAAACUAUA